CUUGAACUUCUCAAUGCCACGCCCCCUAUCUUUAAAAAUGGCGGCAGUUUUAAAUCGAAUGUUUCCUGUCUCUUCAAAAGACAUGAAAUCAGAGCAAGAUAUUCGUGACCAGCUUCCCGAAAGUAGUGCUAUUGUUGUAUUAGGUGACAGAGAUUGCUUCAAGACGUCCAUUCUGUUCCAGUGUGGUUUAAGCUUUGCUGCUGAUGGUAAACUGGUCACAUAUAUCUGCCGACAGCCAUUCGUCACAAUGCCUAUCAAAGUACACGGGCUGCCUGCUCCAUCUCCACAUACAAUGAAAAAUCUGAACUUUCAGUACGUCUAUAGCACAGAUGAACUAAUCCGUUACCUUGGAAACAUUCACCUUCAGGGGGAGCCACCAACUGUUAUAAUCAUAGAUGACUUCCAGCACUAUGUUCAACAAAUUCAGGAUGGUGGAAAGGAGCAAGCCAUUGCAAAACUUUGUGCAUUAGUCAUCGAUGCCUGUAGCUACAUUCAAACAAAAAGUGGGACAUGUCACCUGGUGCUAUCCUCUACUGACACCCAACCCUCUCAUACGACAGUCUACCAGAGAUUCAACAAAUGUCUCUGUCAUAUAACAGUGGAGGAAUCUCAUGGUGCUGAAAAAAGGUUGAAUGUUCAUCCGAUACCUUCAAAGCUACAUCUCAAACUUGUGGUAAAGGAUGAAAUCUUCCUGGACAAAAUAAUGAAAGAAACUGAAGUGACUUGACACGUGUGCUACAAACUGACUGAAAUCUAGUCGAACAUCAGUGGUGUGUAAUUAUCGGAAUUUCGUUUGGAUAUUGAAAUUAGCUGCACAGAUGGUAGGCUUCAAAAUGGAUAUUGGCAAAUCUUGUAUUUGGAGGUCAUCAUGAUAAAAUGUUGGAGAAUGUAAGGGAGUCGCAGAAUACAUGCUAACAUGUUUAGAAAAGCCUGAAAAUAGGCUCAAAUAAUUGUUUUAGUUUCUCAAUCAAGAUAAACUGAUGAAUGUUAUGUGCCUUUUGGGUGACAGUAUGGGAGUACAGAUCGUAAAAUGGACAAUGGUAUCGACAUCGUCAUGUUGGAUAUGCUCCUAACUUUAUAAAAAAGUUGUGAAUUUAGUUUAAGAGAAUAUGGGACAGUAUGUGUACAGUUAAUCUGUAUGAAGACAUUACAAAUGCCUCAGUCACAUUUUAUCUACGGCAACCGUAGCUUCCCAAAUGGAGAGAAAUAUGCAGCAUAAAAUAUAGGGAUAAGCAGUACAAUGU